GAUAAUCUUAAACAAUUUUCCCAAACAAAACGGAAACAAAAGAGAUGAGAAUAAACUCAGCAAUUCAGAGUCUCUGUCAUCCAACCAAUACAGCAAUCCUUUUCCCGAGGAGGAAAUUAAGCAACCUUUGUUGUUUUUCUUCUUCACAAUCCAACAACCUUCAAAGUUCAACCAAAGUCCCAGCUAAACUGGAACAAGUCGAUGAGCGUAGUACAGUUAAUGUUGCUAAAGUAAAUGUUUUGAAGCAGAAAGUGGAGAUUCUUGGGAUUAUAUAUGAUUCUUCUAUGCCCGGACGUUACUAUAACCUUUCAUGUCCAAAGUGCAAAGGUGGCAAAUCAAUGGAGAGAAGUUUAUCUUUUCACAUUGUCCAAAAUGGGGAUUUUGCAAUGUGGAGAUGUUUUCGAUUUGAUUGCGGAUGGGCUGGCCGGGUAUUUGCAGAAGACCGGGCAAAAGAUGACGGAACCAAAAGAAAAUUCAAGUCCACUAGAGAAUUGACAGAGGAGAGCCUUGGUUUAGUACCACUUGGUGAGGAGCUUAUUGCAUACUUCAAUGAGCGAAUGAUCUCGGAGGAAACUCUGCAUAGAAAUAGUGUUAUGCAACUUUCUGGUAAUAAGCUUAUCAUUGCGUUUACUUACAGAAAAAAUGGACUGCUUGUCAGUUGCAAGUAUCGAACUUUGGAAAAAAGAUUUUGGCAGGAGAAGGAUACAGAAAAAGUACUGUAUGGACUGCAUGACAUUAUUGAUACAGAUGAAAUAAUCAUUGUUGAGGGCGAAUUAGAUAAGCUUUCAGUGGAGGAAGCUGGACUUCGAAAUUGUGUGAGUGUUCCUGGUGGUGCGCCCGGGAAGGUUUCUGAUAAAUUACCAUCUUUUGAAAAGGACACAGCAUUUCGGUACCUCUGGAAUUGCAAACAGUACUUGGAUAAGGCGUCUAGAAUAGUCCUUGCAACUGAUGGUGACACUCCAGGUCAAGCUUUGGCGGAAGAGCUCGCACGCCGUCUUGGAAAAGAAAGGUGUUGGCGAGUAAGUUGGCCAAAGAAAGAUGAGUACAGUUAUUUCAAAGAUGCUAAUGAGGUUUUGAGGUGUAUGGGACCAAGUGCUUUGAAGAAUAUAAUUGAAAACGCAGAGUUAUAUCACCAAUCUAUGGCAGACCAACAGAUGAAAGACAUAUAGUCGGACAAGUUUAUAUGCAGGCUGUAAUUGAACAAGAUAUGUUUCUUUAAACUCGGCAUGCAUGGAGCUGAUUCAAUUGAAUAAACUUUGUUGCGGACAGAUUAACUGAGUGGGAUUCUUGGCGUGGGAUAAUUGAACUUAGGACAUUCUCGUUCAAUCUGAUGUUAGGGGACUGGUGGUGGAUGAAGAUGAAUAUCAUAAAGUUGCCAAAAACGGGUUCGUUUACCCUGGCGUUUGCUGAAACAUGGUAUCAAGCUUUAAUAGAAAAUGAAAAUAAAGUAUGAAGAAGAAGGGAGCAACGAAUACUUGAAUUGUUCUUAUUUUGAAUUGAUUCGUGAUUUAUUUUCAUAUUGUGAAUGCUUCAUGCUUGUGAAUAUUUGGCCAAUAUUUGCAUGAUUCGGGAUUAAAUUAGAGACUGAGAGUUGAUAAUGUUUUGGUCAUUGUGUAAAAUACUA